UUCUUUGGUUUCUAUGUCCUUCCCCGGGAGUUGUUGAUCUCUUUUGACUAGAAUCUCUCAAAAGUCCCGGAUUUGCACAUUUGGGCUGCCUUAUGUGGCCCUGUCUUUUUUUUUUUCGGUCACGUCAGCCGAAACAGCUCAUUUUGACGCGCCGAUUCACUUAUUUGGGUCGAUGUGGAGAUUGAUGCUUUUAUUUGGCAGUCCUACAAAGUGUUACCCUGUUUUCCGUUGACAUUCUUAUCCUCCUCCUUACCGUCGCCAUUGACACCAUUUAUCGAAGUCAAUAUACCCUUCAUCGACUUCCCUACAACUUUUCCCCUUGCGGUUUCUGAAAGGGUAUUUUGCUACUAUGGAAGAAUUUAUAUCUCCCACCGAUAUCAGUGAGCCGAGCAAUGGCCCUGAUAAGUGGUCUGCCUACGUCGAGGAAAAUCCUGUAGAGCCAGAUGGUGUCACCCAGGAUAUAAACACCGCAGAUCACGGCUACAAUUGGCGUGAAACCGACGAGGCUCUAAUGCAUGAAAUCUCGUCCGGUCCAACCGUACGUAUGGUCGAAGGAUGUGUCUUUGACACAGACAAGGAAAUGAUCGAAUUUUUUCCUGGGCAAUUCGUGGCGGGAGAUGCCUUUAAGCCAACCUUGAUUGCCCUCGCUGAUAAGAAGACCGACGCUGUAAAAGACUUCUGUGGUACACAAAGGCGCAAUGCACAAUUCUGCUUGAUUCGCGGCAACGAUCCUCGGGAUAAAAGGCUCCUACCUGCAACUUGGGCCGUCAAGGAUAACGGUGUUAAUGUGAGAGCCCAGGUCCGGGGCGGCAAUUCUGCACGCGAGCUUGCCAUCGAGUUUGUCGUCUAUCUUCAGGGUUCACCCGAGAUACCGUCUGCACGGCAAUCUGCACGCCGAACAUUUACGGCCUGCCAUACUCCGGAGACACUCUUUUAUACCUUCCCCGCGCGAACCCGCUGUACUAUCUCAAGUACGUAGUGGAUGUCGGAGAAAGACCAGAUACCUCUUCGCAAAGCUUUGAUUGAGAUACCGCGCAACGGUGUACAGCGGCAGGUCAACGCUAUAAACCGCCUAUGUACCGAGCCGCAUCUCAUGCGUUUCUCGGAGUACCUACUCAACCAAAAGGUUGAAGCGCGCCACCCCCUUGCAACCCGGCGAAGCCGAGGCCCUCAACGUUAUCAAGGAAACAUU